GUAAUGAAUUUGAAAAUGAGACGAAUUUCAUAUACAUGUUUCUGUUGGUCUUCGAUCGGUCAAAACAAUUUCUUUUGAUUGAACAUCUUAUUCGAGCGACAUAAAAGAAGUGAAGAGCUAUUAUUUCAAAGAUAUUUAUUACGAAGAGAUAUUCAAUGCAAAGAAGAUAAAAUUUUCAUUGACAGUUGAAUUCAGAAUUACGUUGAAAUGGUAAAAAGUUUCGUGAUUCCUUUGGUCGCGGAUGAGCUUUUGACGUCUCAUGCCGGACAAUAUUUCGUUGAAGAGAUUGUGCCUUUACGAAUGAUAACACAGUCUCUUGAUGCUACACGUUCAGCGUUGCAAGCAAAUGGUGUGCAUUUUAUUUUGGAUCAUUUUGACACAUUUUUCUCUAUCAUUGUUCAUGGCAGUAAAGUAGAACUUGUGGUUUGCUUGCGUGGUUUUAAUAGGAUUCAUAAAGCUGUGGAAAUACUUGUGGAUGAAUUGGAAAAAAUAUUUGAUCAUGGAAAUGACAUUACAGAGGAAGAGGAAAGAAAAACAUUUUUGUGUAUCAACAAUAUGCUGGCAUAUUUGUUCUCAUGGUUUGUUGGUCAUAUAGAUGAACGUGUUAUGAAAAAUAGAAAUGUUAAUAUUGGAAAGCCUAAAAAAGGUGCAAAGUCUGAUAUUGAAGAGGAAUGGGAACAAUCUAAGCAGAAAGUUUUGGAACUCGUGUAUCGAUGGCUGCAAAUACCAUUGUAUAAGAUUUGGAGACCACCGAUUGUUGAAAAUUCAUUUGUUAUGGCAUUAGCACAGAUAUGUUAUAAAAUAUUGGAACAGACUAAAGAUGUUAAGCAAAAACAUAUAAGACAAACUAUAUUUGAGAUUUUUGGAACUUUGAUUAAAAAAUACAAUCAUGGAAUUACUUGCAUUGUGAGAAUUAUUCAGUUGGUGAAAUUGUGUGAUGCAUUAGCAGUGCCUAUAGCGACUGGCAUAGUACAUAUGGCCACUGAGUGUGGUUGUAAAGGUUUGAUAAAAGAGGUGAUGAAUGAAAUCGGACAGAGCGAAAUUGGUGAAACGGAAAAUCGCAAUGUAUCCACAUUUCUCGAGAACAUUGCAAUCUUGCAGCCCGAUCUUAUAAUCCCUGUUCUUGACGAGGUCAUCGAUUACCUGUCUAAUGAGUUUUAUACUAUGAGAAAUUGCGUGAUUGGAGUAUUGGAUAUUGUAGUGCAAAAAGCGUUGACUGGCGAAGAUCUCACGGAUGAACAGAAAAAGCAACGCGAUGAAUGUCUAAAUAAUUUGGAGGAUCAUAUUUUGGAUUCCCAUGCUUAUGUCAGAUCGAAGGUACUUCAAGUGUGGCAACGCUUAUGUUGCGAGGGAGCUGUACCAUUAGCCAGAUAUGGGAAGCUUUUAGCCGCCACCGCAUUGCGCUUAGAAGAUAAAAGCGCGAAUGUUCGUAAACAGGCUCUCCAGUUGUUGCGUACCAUGUUGCAAAGCAAUCCCUUCGCCGCCAAGUUGACUCGUGUUGAACUCUCCGACUCGUUAGAAAAAGAAAAAGCAAAAUUGCAAGAAUUGCAAGCUCAAAUUGCAAGUACUAGUGGACGCGGUCAUAUGCAAAGAUUCGAACUUUGGAAUAUUUUACAACCAGAUAUUAAAGCGACAAUAAAGAAAAUUUUUGAAAAUGAAGCGGAAUGUAUAAAUGAACCAUGUGCAGAGAAUAAAGAGAAUAUUGAUGCAGAUCAUGCUUUCGAACAUGUGAGACAAUUAUUAUUAAACCGAAAAGUCACCAAGGCUGUGAAAUACUUAUGGAAGACUUGUAUGAUAUUGGAAGAAGCUCCUGAAAUGAGAGAUCUUUCCAUUGCAGCAAAGGAGGAGUGUUUAUUCGCCUUUUUGCUGAAAAUUUUUAUAGAAUCAGAGAACAGAUUGACAGAUAAUGAAGACGAGAAUACGGUUGACGCAAGUAAAUCGGAGCAAGAUAACAAGAAAAAAGAGGAGAUAAGAUUGCGAAAGCGCGUUAUAAAUUACUUAACAAAUUGUCUCGAGUUCGCGAUUGAGUUGGAAAAGGCAAUACCGAUGGCGGAGAAGCUGUUGUUCUCCAUAUGUGCCGGCGACGCGGUUGAAUCGUGCACAUUUUUAGGAACCGCUUUUCAAUUCAAAGUAACUGGUGCGGCCAGUUCCAUACGCGAAGCCCUUUUUCAAGUGUUCCAUCGCGAUCAGUCUGUGCGUAAUAAUGUGGCUGUGGUCUACAAAAACAUUUAUCUCGACAUCAGUAAUGACAAACAAUCAGCCCGUCAAAUAGCUGUAACUCGUAGCAAUUGUUUGAUCAAUUUGCUAUCGGAAUUACAACCUGGACAAAGUCCGGCUUUAGCUCAACUGAUCGUAACAUGGUAUGAGAACGGGGAAUUAAACAACGAAUUGUUGCAGGUAUUAUGGGAAAAAUUCUCCAUGAAGUAUCCGGAUACGUCACCGAUAAAUAGCAGAACUGCAUUAAUGAUAUUAACGAUGAUAGCUCAGGCAGAACCUAAGAUUGUAAUCGAUAAUGUGAAUAUGUUAGUAGAAAUAGGAUUAGGUCCGCGCGCGAAAGACGAUCUUCUUUUCGCACGAGACACUUGCAGAAUGUUAUUGAAGAUAAAACAAAAUAGCAAGGAUAUCGAAAAAUCGCCUCUGAGAUAUUUCAACAAUCACGAUAUGUUCCAACAAAUCCUGAUAUUAUUGAUAGAUACUUUUAUCGACGCGAAUGAAAACGCUUAUAUCUCUUUUGCGACGGAUGCAAUUAACGUUAUAUAUCAUUUGGCAAAUCAACCUGAUAGAUUGAUAAAAAAAUUAUUAUUGGACAUCACCGAGAAGGGUCAAUUCACUAAUAAGGAAACGAAUGAAGCACCGAGUGUGUCAUGCACUAUACUCUCCAAAUUGCUUUAUAUAAUUGGACAUAUUGCCAUCAGGCAAAUGAUUCAUCUGGAUAUGUUCGUUUACAAGGAACUCAAGCGUAGAGAUGCAGUGCGUAAGAUGCGUAAAAGCAAGAAACAGUCGAGAGUUGAGUUUGCAACACCGGAUAUUAGAUCUAAAUCGGCAAACGCGUCGUCGGUCUCAUCAAGUGCGCGACGAAAUAAAAACUUGAUGAUUUCUAUGGUAACCGAAGAUAACGGCGAGGAAGCUUUAGAAGGUGCAAUAGAUGACGCGGAAGCGGAAUUCGUAAACAGCGUGCUUGAAAACGAGAUCGUCACUGGAAAUGGCUUGCUUGCGAAAUUUGUUCCAUUGGUAUUGGAUGUAUGUACAUAUCCCGAUAAGUAUAAUAGCGAGAAUCUACAAGCCGCAAGUUCGCUCGCGUUGAGCAAAAUGAUGACAGUGAGUUCCAUAUUUUGUGAGCAAUCCCUACAACUUUUAGUCACCAUAUUGGAACGAUCGUCAUAUCCUGGAAUAAGAUCGAACAUGCUGAUCGGAAUGAGCGAUCUUGCUACUAGAUUUCCCAAUCAAGUGGAACCAUGGUCGAAGCACAUCUAUGGAAGACUCCGAGAUGAGGAUGUAAACGUGCGUAGAACAUGCGUUCGUAUGUUAUCGAAUCUGAUAAUGAGGGAGAUGAUCCGAGUGAAAGGACAAGUUUCAGAAUUAGCCCUUUGCAUUAUUGACGAGGAUAAACAAAUACAGCAAGACACAAAGGAAUUCUUCAAUCAACUUGCCCAGAAAGGCAACGCUCUGUAUAAUAUAGUGCCCGAUAUAUUGUCGCGCUUAGCAGAUCCUCAAUUGAAUCUCGACGAAAAACGAUUUCAGGAAACCAUUAGAUACAUUCUCGGCCUAAUGCAGAAAGAAAGACAAAUUGAUACCAUAAUCGAUAAAAUUUGCGCUAGAUUUAAGUUAGCUACCACAGAAAGACAGUGGCGUGAUCUUUCCUACUGCCUUUCACUCUUACAAUUCAGUGGAAAGAGUAUACGGCGUCUUAUCGAAAGUUUACCGCUAUUGAAAGAAAAAAUUCAUUAUAAACCGGUAUUAACAGCAUUACAAAAUAUCAUUGAGCAGACAAAGAAAAAGGCGGACGCUAAUGCCGCUUGCACAGAGCUAGAAGAAAAAAUACAAGAACUUUUAGAGACGGAAACAACAGAAAAUCCGGAAGUAGUAGACAACCGUCUGAUGCCACCACCGUCUGUCAUGCCAAAAAAUAGAAAAAGUAUUCGUCGAAGUAGAUAUAAGAACAAGAAUGAUGAAACCGAUGACGAAGAUAGUUCCGAUGAUUCCGAGGAAGAUAUAGACAAUCCACCUAUUGUAAAAUCGGGAAAUAACAAAAAAAGAUUGACCAGUGAAAAGAUCUUUCAUACAAGAUCAGUCGCAAAAAAUAAUGAUGAUGAUGUCAGUGAUGAAAGUGUCUCAAAUACUGCCACGCCUGCAAAGCAUGGUAAAAGAAAAGGAUACGUACAAAAGAAAAAUACGAAGACUGCGGAGGAUGAUAGUGAUAACGUAUCGCCAUCCUCAAAACGAAAUAAAAAUAAUACACCGUUACGAGAGACUAAGAUGUCGACCCGGUUACGCAAAUAAUUAUUUUCUUAUAAAAUUAAAACAAAACGAAGAAAGUUCCUGGCUAGAUGAGGAUCAUUUUAAAAGAUGGUCCGGUCGCAAAACAGUUCCAUUUAUUUCGGAUAUAAUUAGUAGUUUUUAUCGUACUUCAAUUAUUUGUCGUCUUAAACAUUUUUAUGAAUUGCUGAAAGAUCGAAUGUAUAUUCAUUUAUCAGUUUAAAAUCUGAGUUUUCGCGCGCGCGCGCGCGUAUAUGUUAAUAUAAAAAAGAUAUAUUACACAUUAGAUAUAUGAUCCCAUGUAUAUGUUAAAAUCGCUAUAUAAAGAUUUAAGGAUUAAGUAACAAUGUCAGACAGAUCUAAAGAAAUAAUUCGAGCUUUUAAUAUUGUUUAAGAAAAAGUUUUGAAGAGAUUGAGAUGAAAAGUGCGUUGGAAAUCUCUAUAAAAAAUCAAAGUUUAAGGGGCCUAUUCUGUAACUUUUAACGAUGUCGUUAAGUAUCAUCGCGCAGCUAUUUUCCGAUACGUUUUAGUUGCGCAAUGACACGUAAUAACAUCAUUAAAUGUUACAAAAUAGGCCCCUAAGUCUUCUUGAUUGCGUAUUUUAGAAAGAUUUAUUAUUCUUAAUAUUUAUAAAUCAAUAAUUGAGCAUCACACAGACACAAGUUUAUUAAUAAAAUAAUCAAUAUUUUUAUGUUAAGUUUUAUUUUUGCUAAUAUGUUUUAGUAUUUUAACUUUUUAUUUCUGGCAUUUUUGAUAAAUUUGGACAAGUUCUGUUAUUCUUCUCUCUUUGCCGAUAAAUAAUAUAAUGAUAAACACAUGACAUCUGAAUAUUCGCUUUUUACUUCCGAUUCUAAAAUUAAUAUGCGAAGAAUUAAUCAUGUCUCUUAGAACUUCUUCUCUGUUCCCACAACAAUAAAAUCGAUUAACAUCAUUAUCCUGCUGACGAAAGCGCGCACGAUAAUGUCUCGCGAUCUUACUUACAUACUAGCAAGCAUGCAUCAAAUUACUACACUUACGUACUUUUCUACUUAUUAUUUUUAUGGAUUAACCUUAUGGAUAAUUUUUUUUUUUGUACGAUUUUGUGCAUAUCAUGCACUAGGAACAGAGCAGCGGUUUGCAGCAGAAUCACGCCGAUCAAUCAUUACAUCCGAAGAAACCAGUUCUUCUGAUCAUAAUUUCUGGAAUUAGCUGCUAAUAAGCAUUACCAGAAAAAUACUUAUCUUAUUAAAAAAACAAAUAAUACAAUUUUUUAUAUUAAAAAUAAAAUAAGAUAUUUUUAUACAAGAUUUGUUUGAAAGAAAAUUGGUUUUCAAUAAUAUUUCAAAAAUUGAUUUCAAAUUCGAGAAAUGUAUAUGUGCGCGCGUAUGUGUGUGUGAAAAAAGUAUUUUUUGUUUUAUUUUAGAGUUGAAAGUAUAUAAUUUUCAAUAAAUCAAUACAUACUGUGCAAUAGAUUGAUUUCAACAGCAAUAAUCAGAAUGUAAAUGAAAAUUUGAUUUUUCUUAAAGUCAAAUACUGAUACACAACAUCUGAAGAAAAUCGAUGUGAUACUUAAUCGACAUUCUGUCGCAAAACGCAGUAUUUUACAAAUCAAUUCCUCAUGGCGGAGGUCUUAGAUAUACAUAUAUUUGCGUGUCGCAAUGAACUUUUAUGACAGAGGCAGAUAGAAAAUAUCGAGAUUGUCGAAUCAACUUUGUAGAAGACUAGGAAAUUGACUCUUCGCUUAACAUACUAUUGAUAUACAACACGGUAAAAAUAAUAAACAAUGCAGUAGUGGAAUAUUCAUUUCAAUCAUAAUGGAAAUUUAAAUUUCUAAUUUCAGAAUUCUAGAAAACAUCAUAUUAUUCUAGAAAACCGUCCCGCAGUUGUAAUGUCUGCAAAAAAGGGCGCUCAUAUAACUGAUAUGACAUGAUUAAAUAAAAUGAAGAAUAUUACAAAAAAAAUAUGUAAACAUGCAUUUAUAAUUAACGAUCAAAUUGGGACUCUCUUUUGGAGACCGGAACCAUGAUAAAUAUUUAGAUUUAAUUCUGCUAUACUAUACAUAUAAAAAUUCGUCAAAUACACAACAAUUAGUUUAAAGAUCCUGUUCCUAAAAGAUCAUUGUUAUAAGCAUUAAGUUGGCGCUAAAGAUUUGUCGUUUUAUUACUAAGUAUUUUAAAUAAAAAUAGCAAUCCGGAUUCUUUUUAAGGAGUUUGAAAAGGAAGAUUGAACAGUUUCUUAUAAUAGAUAAAAUAUACAAUAUAUUAAUACUCUUUUCUGUCUUCUCACAUCAAUAAUGUAAUUAUUUUAAUUAAUAAAAUUUAUUACUCUUUUGAAACUAUGUAAUUUUUUUUUCAACUUUAGU